UACAAAGGUUUGUGGGAAAUAAUGGUAAAUUAUAAUCAUCACGAAAAGUACGUCAUCUAGAUCCUUCUACUGAAAUAAAACUGUUUUUUUUUAUAUUGUCGGACGGAAUUCUCUGCUACCGUUAUCAGUAGUAGUUAGGAUAGGCAUUGUGAGCAUUUGUCAGUUUGACAAUAAACAUGAUUGAGGUGACAGUGAAGACUCUAGACUCAAGGACUCAUCCAUUUUCAACUCCAGACGAUGUGACUGUUCAAGGCUUUAAGGAACAAAUAGCAGAUUCUGUGAAAAUCUCAGCAAAUCUUCAGCGAUUAAUAUACCAAGGACGUGUACUUCAGGAUGGCAAGAAACUAUCAGAUUAUAAUGUUAAUGGUAAGGUUAUCCAUUUGGUAGAGCGACCACCACCAUCCAAACACUCAGCAUCUAGUAGUAGCAGCACAGAGUCAAGUAGCUCUACUUCGUCCAACUCGCAUGGAUCUUCAGAUGGCAACAACAUCUUCGUUGGAGCAAUAUCUCUUCCAGCUGAGCUUCGGGAUCAGGGUGAGGUACAGCGUAUAGUACAGCAAGUGAUAUCAGACAUGGGGGAGUUAGGUCGUAAUGCUCGUGUCACAUCAAGGACAUCGCCUGAUGGGUCAUCUGUUGAUGUUCACAUUAAUUUGGGUCAAGUGCCAUUACAUCAGAUCAGUGCAUCGCAAGUACGUAUCAAUCAGGCCCGAAACAUGAUCCGUCAAGCCAACCUCGUUAUAGAUCGUCUUGAGAGUCCACCACAGCAGGCAGAAACUCAAACUGAACCAAACUCCUCCAGCUCCGAGGAGGGAUCAACAUCCGCAUCAUCUUCUUCAACUGCUGAUAGUGAACCCAUGGACACUGGUGCAAGUAGUAACAACCCAACACAAGAUAAUAGCAACAGUGAAGGUAGUACCAGUACAACAAGUUCACAGGAAGGGACCUCUACUAGAAGCAGUGGACAGUCACAAAAUAUACACCCACCUAUCUCGGUCAUGGCAGACAUUUUAGAAGAAGUGAUGCGUUUGAAUGAACGCCUUCGACCCCACAUGGAGAGCUACAGAAAUAUGAUGCGAGAAGAUCAUUCCUAUGAUGGCAUUACAAACCGUAUGCGUGAGGCACAACGUUUACAAAACCUGGUGUCGCAAGUGAUGCACCUUAUAAGCCAUGUUUAUCAUUCUCUGUCUGAUUGUGGCUCUAAUAUGACAACAGCGCCACCAAGAGUUCUGAGAGUUCCGCAAGUGGGCCCUCCAGUUCCAAUACAGAUUACAUUACCACCUGCAAUUUUUGCAUUCAACGGUGGAAGACAACCAUCCAACCAACCCAGAGAUGUCAAUGCCAACCAGACUAUGCCACCUGGACAAGACCAAAACCAUAACCAAACAGGUCAAACAGCACCUUCAACACGUGCAGCACCUUCUAGCACGACCUCAACACCUAACCCUGUCCCAGGGACUACAUCUAGGCCAUCCUCAACUUCCACAUCUAGUACCCCUCAAUCCAGGGUAUCGAAUGUGGUUGUCUCCAAUACUCAGACAAUUGUUAUCUCGCCCCAGGGUAUACAAAAUAUUACCGGGUCAACACCACGGCAAAUGGGGGCACAUCAAUCACAGGCACCGUUUGGUAGAGGUAUUAUAAGACCAAGUAGAGGCAGUAGUGGAAAUGGAGGUGCUUCAAUACAUAUUCAUCAAGUGCCACAGGGUGGAGCCAUCACUCCUCAAGUGAUGUCAGCUAUCAUGGGGGCCAUCUCAAAUCAAAUGCCCCUAGGACCAGGAAUUCCAGGAAUGCCCCUGACUGGAUCUAGGCCUCAUCCAGGCCCAGUUGGAUCUAGACCUGCUUCUAGUGGCAGUGCAAGGGGUGGUCCAACAAAUGGGAAUCAACAGCCUGCCAGUGCAACAGAAAGUACAAGGCCUACUGCAAAUGGUAAUAGAUCUGCUACCACCACUACUACCAGCACAGGUUCAUCAUCAAGCAGCAGAAGCACUCAACCUGGACCAGCUCAGACCCCACCCACGCAGAGAACUGGUGAAGCACCCCCACCAGGGGCUCCACUUGGACUCUUCAAUUUCUUACCCCAGAACAAUGCUUUUGAUCCAUUCUUACCCUGCCAGUCACGGCAUAUUCCAAGAAACCAGUCUGCGCAGCCCAGAUCUGGAAUGGCCCCAAAUGUUGGAGGCGGGAAUGUAGCAUCGCCUGUCCAUGGCAUAUUUCAAGAUAUUGUGGGUGCUUUUCAAAACAUGCCUAAUGUUGGCCAACAACAGCAGCAACAGCAGCAACAACCACCAGAGAGUUCGGGGGCUCAGCCGGCAACAACAUCGAGUGCAACCCAAUCUUCUGCCUCAACCACCCCACAGCCUAUGACACAAGAACAGGCUAAUUCAUUUGCAAAUGGUUUCCUUAGAGCUUUUGUUAAUUCACAGUCAGGAGGGGGAAUGAAUGUCACAAGUGGAAACCCAUUUACUCAGCUUCUGCUUGGUGGGAUGCGUCAUGGAAGUGUGCCCGUGGGCGCUUCAAGGCCUACGACAUCCAGUGGACAGAGCACAGGCAGUAGGCCAGCUGCCCCAGGAACACAGAAUGAGGGUCUCUUUGUUGACUUAGUACAAGGAAUCUCACAGCAUGUUGCAUUGGCAUUAAGUGGUCAGAACUCAACGAUGACGAUUCACCAGUUUCUUAGUGGCCUUGAUCCUACCUAUAGUAACCAUGCAGUUGAAGGUUUCUUCUAUGAGGCUUUUGAUUACUUUGCAAGACACUUCACAAUGACGGAUCUAUCGCAUCUCAUAUUUGGACAUUCUGAACCACUUCAGCAGAAUCGACAGAGUCUGCGCAGAUUUGUCAAUGAGAAGGUCUUAAGAGGAAGGCAGCCAAGUGAAGAAAAUAUAGCAUUGUCAGUGAAUGAGAUUGCUGAAGAGAUAAUAAACCAACUUGAAGAAGAUGCCCCAGAGAUUACAAGUGUCCGAGACGGAGUUGCAAUUAAGGCUACUAACCUCAAGUUUGUUCAGAGCGCCCUUUUGCGAAUUGUCAAAUAUAUUCUGGAAGAUCAUGAUCCUACAUUUGGUGUUAGUCUACGCAACAUGAUUCGUGACAGCCUUCAAGAGUGGAUUGUUCUAAAUAUAUACUGUAUGAAUGGAAGACAGCCUGUGCAAGACACAAUGGUAGCAUGUAUGCAAACCUGGAUGGGACAGAUCAAUUCUGCAUUCAGUAACAUGAUGAUAACAGUUACAUCCCAGAACUUCAACCAAAUUGCUAGCAAUCUAACAAUCACAGAGGCAGACAUUCUUCAGUAUGUUGUAAGAACAGAGACGCAGCAGGAUAUAGGAGAAGAAUCAGAACCUGUCCCAACUUCUACAUCAACAUCUGCCAGCAAUAAUGUAGAAAACAGAAAUGUUGAAAGCAGCACAGUCAAACGCCAAAUGCCUGAGGCUAUGGAAGUUGAUUCCUGUAACAGUCAGCAGUCACAUGCAUCUUCUACUCCAGUGGUGUCCUCGACAGUCCCAGCAGCAGCAGAAGCAGCUCCUGAGCAAGAGAGGGUGCCACUGAGGGCAUCCAGUAGGAUGCAUUCUAACGGAGUUGGAAGCACUGACACAGUUCUUUUGGGAACUGAAAGUUGGCAUGCAGCAGUACCAGCAGAUUGGGUUCCAGUGAUAGAACGUGAUAUCAACAGACAACGACGUCAGGCCCCUCCAGCGCCCCUAAGUGACGCUUAUCUCAGCACCUUACCACCGAAACGUAUAAAACUAAUGCCGGACAAAAAAGCAUGCAUUGAAAUUGGUACAAGUACAUUCCUUGAAGACAGUUUAUCCAGAGCUGUGAGUAGUGCAGGUGUUCAACCUACCACAAGUCUGGCUGCCCUCAUGCAAGAUGUUCGUGAAGAUGAAGACCUGCAGGCUGCGUGUGAAGGCCAGUUAAAGAGCGCCCUCAAACAGCGAAUACAAAAAGAUCCGGAUUAUGAUAGUGCAAGAUUUCCAAAUACUGAGAAAUAUUUGCACAAGUAGAAAUUCAGGCCUAAUAUGUAGCCUUCCACCCCUCCCCCAUUGUAUUUUUUUUUAAAUUUUAAUAUCACCAUGGGCUCAGUAUCAUGACCCAUAAUUAUUUAUAUUGUAAUUGUACAAUUUUAUUUUAAACAAGUAUUCAAGAUGUUUAAAAUGGUUAGGUUCUAUGAGAAAAUGUCUAUUAUCGAUAACAUAUUAGGAAAUUAUUAUAAACUUAUACUAAACGCUAAAAGAAAUUAGAAGUUUUUUUUUAAAUUUAAUUAUUGACAUGGGAGAUAUUAUAAGUGAGUAUACAAUCACUUUGUAGUGUGUAUGUUUCUCAAAUUCCCAGUAAUCAGAUAGCUAUAAACAGUAUACACUAGAUUUUGCAUUUUAUCAUGUUAGUCAGCUGUAGUAUUUAGAUAUACACACAAUUCUAUGUGCUGCUUAGCCAACCAUGGGAUACAGAAGUGAGGAUGUUUAUUUUUCAAUAUCAGUAAGAUGAGGCCUAAAAAAAAAAACUUGUUUGUUUUGCUGUCAUCCGCCGCCCCUAAAAUCUCGAAAAUCAGGGGCAGGUUUUUUUUUUCCCAAAAAAGUUUUUUUUUUCUUUAAGUUUAAAAGAUCAAAUGAAAACCACUUUUUCGUCGAUUUUGGCACAGGUCCAUGUUAAAUGGAAGUUUUUACUAUUUUAAUUUUUUUUUUUAAGCAAAAAAAUCGCACUGUUUUCACGAUGUUUCUAUGAUUUUACAAAAAAAAAAAAAAAAAAAACUUUUUUCCACCUGCCCCUGUAUUUAAAUUUUUACAAUGUGACAGGAAACAAACAAUUUUUUUUUUAGGCCUGAUCAGUGCAGCCUUGAACUGAAAAUUUAAAAUUUUACUUAGGCUGGGUCGUGGGUUGGCGCAUUGUAGUAGCUACAGUAAUACUGUACAUGUAUUAAAUUCACUUUACAAUUAUACUCACUUAAAUGUUAAAAUGUAUAAACCUAUAUCUUUUACUUAAAUAAUCAGAAUAAAUUGUUGCUUUACUGCAUUUUGUAGUUAUAUUUAAUAUAAACUUGUAAGUCAUUUAAUAAUAUUUUCUUUGGGGAGUGGUGUUGUUUGGAUUUGAGCGUGAAUAUAUUCUUCAGAGGCAGUAGAAACAAGCUCAUCUUGGCUUUGUCGUGUCGAUGAAUACUUUAGUGAUGCAAUUUACAAUAAGUUUUAGCUUAAUAAAUCAAUGGCAGUCUUGAGUAAACUUUUUAGUUGUGUGUAACAUAUUUUGACCCACUGACAUACCAAAAUACAAUACAAUUACAAUAUUUAUUUUCAAUAAACAUAAAUAAA